GUCGCUAGCCCGGAGCGGAAGAUGACGUGAGGAGAGUGGGAGCAUCUCCUGGGGGCGCAUUUUGGCUGGCGGUUCCCACGGUCCUGGACCCCGACGUGCGCGGAGUCGCUUCUCCGAGCUUCUCACCCACCGCUCUCUCGUCCUCCUGCUGGGCCGGGCCGCCCCCCGCGCGGCCCCUGCGGCUCUGGCACGGCCCCGCGCUCGGCCGCCGCCCUGGCGCCCGCCACUCUGUCGUCCCCGGACCGGCGCGGGCCGGCUCGGCCGGGGCGCAGGCGGCUGGGGAGGGGCCGCUGGCCCCGGGGCCGCGCUGGCGCUGCCACCGAUCUGGGGCUGUCAGUGGAGGGCGAGUGCUGGCUGCCAGGGGACGGGACGCCCUUCGGGGCCAACGGGUCGCGCGCGGAGGCGGCCGUGGGAACGACCCAUCCCUUCUCCGGCCCUGCGGCGGGGCUGGACUCGGGGUCUGGGCCCCCGUCUCCUGGCCUGCCCCCGUCUUGGGGCGCGAUGAUGGCGGCCCUGUGUCCGAGCACGGAUCCCUCGGGCGCCUCCUCCUCCUCCCUGCUUUCUUCCCCAUCCUCCUCUUCGUCGCCGAACGAGGUGAUGGCGCUAAAGGAUGUGCGGGAGGUGAAGGAGGAGAACACCCUGAAUGAGAAGCUUUUCUUGCUGGCGUGCGACAAGGGUGACUAUUAUAUGGUUAAAAAGAUUUUGGAGGAAAACAGUUCAGGUGACUUGAACAUAAAUUGCGUAGAUGUGCUUGGGAGAAAUGCUGUUACGAUAACUAUUGAAAACGAAAAUUUGGAUAUACUGCAGCUUCUUUUGGACUACGGUUGUCAGUCCACAGAUGCACUUCUGGUGGCAAUCGACUCUGAAGUAGUGGGAGCUGUUGAUAUACUACUUAAUCAUCGACCAAAACGAUCAUCAAGACCAACUAUAGUAAAACUAAUGGAACAAAUUCAGAAUCCUGAGUACUCAACAACUAUGGACAUAGCACCUGUCAUUUUAGCUGCUCAUCGUAACAACUAUGAGAUUCUUACAAUGCUAUUGAAGCAGGACGUAUCUCUACCCAAGCCCCAUGCGGUUGGUUGUGAGUGCACAUUGUGUUCUGCAAAAAACAAAAAGGACAGUCUCCGACAUUCCAGGUUUCGUCUUGAUAUAUAUCGUUGUUUGGCCAGUCCAGCUCUAAUAAUGUUAACAGAGGAGGAUCCAAUUCUUAGAGCAUUUGAACUUAGUGCCGAUUUAAAAGAAUUAAGCCUUGUGGAGGUGGAAUUCAGGAAUGAUUAUGAGGAACUAGCCCGGCAAUGUAAAAUGUUUGCUAAAGAUUUGCUUGCACAAGCCCGGAAUUCACGUGAAUUGGAAGUUAUUCUAAACCAUACAUCUAGUGAUGAGCCUCUUGACAAACGGGGAUUAUUAGAAGAAAGAAUGAAUUUAAGUCGUCUAAAACUUGCUAUCAAAUAUAACCAAAAGGAGUUUGUAUCUCAGUCUAACUGCCAGCAGUUUCUGAACACUGUUUGGUUUGGACAGAUGUCAGGUUACCGACGUAAGCCCACCUGUAAGAAGAUAAUGACUGUUUUAACAGUUGGCAUCUUUUGGCCACUUUUGUCUCUUUGCUAUUUGAUAGCUCCCAAAUCUCAAUUUGGCAGAAUCAUUCAUACACCUUUUAUGAAAUUUAUUAUUCAUGGAGCAUCAUAUUUCACAUUCUUGCUGUUACUAAACCUGUACUCUCUUGUCUACAAUGAGGAUAAGAAAAACACUAUGGGACCAGCCCUUGAAAGAAUAGACUAUCUUCUUAUACUGUGGAUUAUUGGGAUGAUUUGGUCAGACAUUAAAAGACUCUGGUAUGAAGGAUUGGAAGAUUUUUUAGAAGAAUCUCGUAAUCAACUCAGUUUUGUCAUGAAUUCACUUUAUUUGGCAACUUUUGCUCUCAAAGUGGUCGCUCACAACAAGUUUCAUGACUUUGCUGAUCGGAAAGACUGGGAUGCAUUUCAUCCUACACUGGUGGCAGAAGGGCUUUUUGCAUUUGCAAAUGUCCUGAGUUAUCUUCGCCUCUUUUUCAUGUAUACAACAAGUUCUAUCUUGGGUCCAUUACAGAUUUCAAUGGGACAGAUGCUUCAAGAUUUUGGAAAAUUUCUUGGGAUGUUUCUUCUUGUUUUGUUUUCUUUCACAAUUGGGUUGACACAGUUGUAUGAUAAAGAUUCUACCCCGAAAGAACAGAAGGACUGUGUGGGCAUCUUCUGUGAGCAGCAGAGCAAUGACACCUUCCAUUCGUUCAUUGGCACUUGCUUUGCUUUGUUCUGGUAUAUUUUCUCCUUAGCACAUGUGGCAAUCUUUGUCACAAGAUUCAGCUACGGAGAAGAGCUGCAGUCCUUCGUUGGAGCUGUCAUUGUCGGGACAUACAACGUGGUGGUUGUGAUUGUGCUCACCAAGCUGCUGGUGGCCAUGCUCCAUAAAAGCUUCCAGCUGAUAGCAAAUCAUGAAGACAAAGAAUGGAAGUUUGCUCGUGCGAAGUUGUGGCUUAGCUACUUUGAUGACAAGUGUACGUUACCCCCACCUUUUAACAUCAUUCCUUCACCAAAGACUAUCUGCUAUAUGAUUAGUAGCCUCAGUAAGUGGAUUUGCUCUCAUACAUCAAAAGGCAAGGUUAAACGGCAAAACAGUUUAAAGGAAUGGAGAAAUUUGAAACAAAAGAGAGAUGAAAACUACCAGAAAGUGAUGUGCUGCUUGGUGCACCGUUACCUGACUUCUGUGAGACAGAAGAUGCAGAGCACAGAUCAGGCAACCGUGGAGAGUCUGAAUGAGCUGCGCCAAGAUCUGUCAAAGUUCCGAAAUGAAAUAAGGGAUUUACUUGGCUUUCGGACUUCUAAAUACGCUAUGUUUUAUCCAAGAAAUUAACCAUUUUCUAGAUCAUGUAGAGAAUAAUUUUCAAUAAUAAAUCUUAAAGAAUGUGUUUGUAUAACUUGCAAUUAAAUCAAUAAGAUAUAUAUUGAAAUAAAGAAUUAUGUAAAAGCCAUUCUUUAAAAUAUUUAUAGCAUAAAUCUGUUAUGUAAAAUAUGUGUAUAGAAUUAGUUUUUUAAAGCUCUCUGUUGGUGGCUUUUUGCAGAAGCAAAGCAGAUUAAGUAGAUAGGUUUUGUGAGCAUGCUACUUGGUUUUCUUAUUUGAACAAUGCUCUAAAGUGCUUUCUGUUUAUGUUAAAGAAAGGCAGAUAUAAUUGUGCACAUUGCCAGAAAGUUCUACAAAUGAACAUAGUAAAUGUGGGCUGAUCUCUGUUGAUGGAAUAACUUGAAAUAUUGAAAUAUGGUUUAUAAAAUCUCUGUUUUAGGACUUCAUGUAUAAUAUUAUUUAUCAUUUAGGAAUAUAGUUUCAUCUAAAACAAUAGUCUACUUUUUAUUAUAGUCCUAAGUAACAAAGAAACAACCUUAAUGAAUAUUUAAAUCUAUUUAUUUCUCUAUAAUUUAAUUUCACUUCAGUUUUGUUAUUGUAAUAUAUUUACUUUUACAUGGUAGUAAUCACUACAUUUUAAAUUUUGUUUUUCACUUAAUAGUAUUUUAUAUAUACAUUUCCAUGUAUUGAUAUAACCCAAAUGUUUAAUUUUUAUAGAAUCAUAUUGUUUUUGAAAAAUAUAGUUAGACUUUUUAUUUGUAGCUAUAGAGUAUGUGUCUAUGUUCAUAGGUUUGCACAGGUACUUCUUCUAUAAGGUUAAGCAUUUGAUAGUUUUUAAUUUUUUGUUAUCAUAAUAGUGCUAUAGUUCUUUUUCAAGUUGGAGUGAAUGUUCAUAGUUAUAAAGCUAAUCCAAAAUAAGGGUUUAGAAGAUAUUUCUGUAUCAUGUGUGGUCACACCCUAUUUUAUUUUUGUAAACACUGGAAGACCCUUUAAUGCAAGGAUCUGUUUUAUAUUUGAAGUAAGGUUCUUGAGGUGUUCUCCCAAAGUAUUUUCCACAGAAUUUACUAUAGCUUCUCUAAAAGUGACUUCAUGUUUAUCUGUGUUCAUUCUUGCUGCUUAAGAUGAAAAGUAUUGACUUUUUAAAAUUAGAGAAUAAAAUAUAUAUUAAAUUUUUUUCUAUGUUCAUACAAAGGGUGUAGUUAAAAAUUUUUUCACAGGUUCUUGCUUAUAUAUUCUUGCAACAUUUCAAGUUAAGAGGUUAAUAGGUUUAUAAUUACCUUCUUAACUGAAUGUCAGAUGGUCUUAAGGCCACAGGGGCACAGGUAGCCCUUGGUCUGUAAGCACCACCGACCCAGGGAUCGUUGUCUGAAUGUAGCAGUAUUGUGUUUCAUCUUGCUUUUUACUUUUCAAAUUGUAAGUGUACCCUCUUUGGGGCAUACUCUUAUAAAAAUGUUUAUUGUAAAGUUAUAUAUUUUGUCUACAAUUGAAUUAUGCAAUUCUCAAUUGGGAUUUUACAUCAGGAUUUUUAGUCAUUCUAAAAAAUACCUAAUUAUUAAAUAAAAAUAUUUAUGGAGUGCCGACUGUGUGCAUGGAUUACUUAUGAGGUAUAUUUUUUAAUAAGAGCAUACUGUCAGAAGAAAGGUGAAUAAAACUUGA